AUGAUGAGUAUAACUAAACCAAAACCCAUUAAUCCAGAUACACCUUUGACACUGAUUAAAGACAUUCAAAAUAAUGUAAACAACAUAACUGUUAUGUGCAUAGUAUUAGAAGUAAAUCCUGCUGUACAACUCAAAGAUAACCAUGAAGUUCGAACAGUAAAAGUAGCCGAUAGUUCAGCAUGCAUCAAUUUUUCAGUCUGGGAUGAACCUGGUUCAUUUUUAUAUCCAGGUGACAUAAUACGUGUUCACAGAGCUUAUGCAAUUUAUUUUAGAAACUGUCUUACUCUGUAUGUUGGUAAGAAUGGAGAAAUUGAAAAAAUCGGUGAUUUUAUCAUGACAUUUAAUGAAUCUGUUAAUAUGAGUGAAAUAAACCUAAAUGCACCACCACCACAACCACCUCCAGGAGCCAAUGGAAAUACAAUAAGUAAUGCAAGACGAACAGGUGUAGGAAAACAAAAUAUGAAACCAAAUUCAUUCAAAGGUAACAAUGGAAAAAGUGGACCUAGAAGUCAAAUGAGGCCAGAAAGAAAAUAA